CGCCCGCCCCUACACGGCAGCAGAAGGGGCUAUGACGGGACUUUCGUAUCAGCAAUCUCCAGCAUCUUUUGACGCGAAGGAUGUUGGUAAUACUCUGAUCUAUCCAAGGGCAUCAAAGCGUUCCCGCCCCGGAUCUUAUCAUCAAAAAGGAAAUACGGAAGUAGAUCCGUUGAUACGGGAGCUAGAGGAGCUAUUGAAGGAGUCCAACGUACCAAAUCUCACUAAGAAAUCCCUGGCUCCUAACGCUCAUGAUCAACCUGCGGUCCCGCGUCGACCAACUACACCAUCCGCGAAUCUGUCUCAUCCUCCCCUUUCCGAACCGCACCAACCAACAGCUCUCAUCUCCGCUCGUCUUCUGUUUCUCCUGAAAGCUCAUUUGAAGACCUUAACGCAUGCUACAAAAUCACAGGCAUCCCAGAUCAAAUCUCUGGAAUCUGCACUCAGAGCAUCUCAAAGUAGGGAAAAUGCCCUUCAAACGUCAUUGGAAUCAUGUCAACUGGACUCGGCAAAAUCGAUCGCAAAUCUCCAAAACCAGAUCCGGAAUUUGAAUCGGCAGCUUGUCAGCGUUAAGGGACAAGCGGCCAAGGAGUUGCGUGCAAAGUGUCGAGCAUUGGAGCUGGAUCUCUUUAGAGAACGUGCGGGGAGGACGAAGGUCGCAGUCGAGCUGGACACGGUUGUUGAGAAGGAGCGAAAGGAGAGACAACAGUUGGUAUUGCUUUUGGUUAAUCAACUGGAGAAAAUGAGCAAGAUUCAGCAUAAGCAGGAAUUCAAAGAAGCUGAGAAUGAACAGCUAGGGUUUUUGUAUAAACAUGCUAACGAGCGGAUAUGUCAGACACAGCAACAUCUGCAGCAAUUGACCCUAACACUGCGACAAUCAUUGACUGGUCAAUAAAAUAACAAUAUCAUGGAGCGACAUUUCUGAGCUCACAUCCAUUUCUAUUCUGGA